CAUCAGCGAGCGUACGAAAGGUUGAAGGACGCAGUGGCGUCGACCAUCAAGUUGCAUCCCCCCAAGCCCGAAGGCGAGUACGUGAUAUACACGGAUGCCUCAGAAACGAGCGUGGGAACAGUGUUGAUGCAGCGACAGGGUGAAGUCGAGGUGCCGAUAGAGUUCGCCAGCAAGAAAUUCAGCGACACACGCGAGAGGGAGCUAUUCGCCGUUAAGUGGGCGAUAGACCAAUGGAGGGACUAUGUGAGUCUGUCGCACUUUACCGUGGUGACGGACCAUAACAACCUACGGUACCUGGUGAACGUGGACAAGGGGAAGGUGUUCCGUUGGGCCCUAUACCUCAAGUUCAUCUCGGGAGAACAGAACAACGUCGCGGACUGGCUGAGCCGCUAUUCGGCGAUGACGGGUGACUGCGACGAAUUUGUUGGACAAGAUGGCCCUCCGUGUGGGUGUGGUGAGGCGAGGUAA